AUGUCUGAAACAAAGUUGAAGGAUAAAAGAUGGUCGCUGGAAGGUAUGACUGCAUUAGUAACUGGAAGAACCAAAGGCAUUGGGUUCGCAAUUGUGGAAGAGUUAGCAGAAUUUGGAGCAGCGGUGCAUAUAUGUUCACGUAAGGAAGAUGAUAUUAACAAAUGUUUGGAAGAGUGGAAAAGAAAAGGGUUUAAUGUAACAGGAUCAGUAUGUGAUAUACUUAGUCAUGAACAACGGAAGAGAUUAAUGGAAACUGUUUCUUCUAUCUUUCACGGAAAGCUCAAUAUUCUAGUCAUCACCUCAGGUAAGAACUUUCACUUUAUCACAACUUAUGAAGUAUACAUUCCCAAUUUGCAAAGACAUAUAGAUAAAUGUGAUAUUAACAUGAACACUACAACAGAUGGAGUCAUUCUACCUGUUUGUGUGCCUAAAUUGGAACCAACUGUUGUGCUAUCUAAUUACACUCAUAAUGAUAUCUAUGCAAAGUUUCUCAACAAUUCAAAGUACACUGGAGUUGGACUUAAUUCUGAGGAUGAUUGGAUGGUUCUUGUUCUUACUACUACUACAACUACUGGAACUUUCUCUGCAGCAACUUCUCUUCAUGCUAAUCUUGUUUCGAUGGCUUUCUUGUUUGUGGUGAUUCUCAUCAUCAACUCCAAACCUUGA